AUGGUCUCGGUGAGCCGAAUGAUUGGCGGGUAAGUCUGUUUCGUCCCUUUUAUGAGCCUUCGGUUAUGGAGGAUUAUUUCCACCUUGUUCUAGCUCUGAUCCCCACAAUGAAACGACCAAAAAUGCGGGCAAUUCGACAACUCCCGCCGCUCAGACGCCCACGACCAAGAAAGUGUCGGCGUUCAAGAGGUUGGGGAAGUUUGCAGGGAGUAAGGCAAGUUGCUUGAUUUGGCUUUAGGUCAUACUUAAUGUCUACAUAAGUGUUUUGCAGAAGGAGCCGAUGUAUCCACUCAGAGAUCUCGAGGAUUCCGAGAAGAUCACAUCCACACCGCAGAAGAUUUCCGGAAUGGUGAUUUUGAAGCGCGAGAAGAAACGGCGAAUGAAUCUGCAGAAGAGGUAUCAUGCCAAGUUGAACAACGGCGUUCUGAAGUUGUACAAGCAGAAAGACAAACAGAAGGAGGACAAGAAACCCUUCACUGCCGAGUUCAACAUUGACGUAUCAACGGUAAGAUGCGUUAAAUUGCGCCGAAUUACGAUUGAUUAUGUGGUUAAUAGAAGAAGUCGUAAAGGUUAUGAAGAAUAAUGGCUUUUUCCAGCUUAGUCAAGUAAUGUACAACGACAACGCCCGAAAGUUGAGUUUGGUUUUCCAAAAGGAGACCUACACUCUCGUCCCAAUUGACAAGGAUAAAUAUAUGCAAUGGAAGACGGGAAUUCAUCAACAUCGGCUCUACCGACAGUUUCAGAAAAAGUAUGUUCAGUUUGAUUUUAUUUUAUUGAUUUAGAGAGGGUCUGCUUGAUGAAUCCGAGAACUCUCAGCUUCAAAAGACACAGCUCGCCUUCCAGAACAUUGUUGAAGACGGAGCUGCAGGAAAAUUGGAAAAUAAAGUAGCUAUCAACCAGGAAGUGGGACCGUUGGUGAAUGUUGACGAAAAGCCCACAUCACCGAAACAUUCAAAGGAAGGAGACAAAGAUGAAAAGAAGGGAAAGGAGAUGAAUACGAAUGAAAACAACAACCUAGGAACGGGCUCUCCGAAGAAGACCGGCAGCAGCGAAGGAGAUAAGGAAGAGAAAAGGUAAGUUGAUUUGAUGAGGAUUUUAAUGUUUUAGAUUGGUCACGGCAUUAAAGGCGUUGGGAAGUGCUAUGGAAACGUAUAAGUUGGUGCACAGUUCAUCGAUUCAAAUAUUGGAUCGAAUCCAGAAGUGUCACGACGAGUCGAAUGAAAUCCUCAGGGAAUUGAAGAAACUCAGAAGGAGGAAGGUGGGAAUAUUACACUGGAUGAGCUUGUAUAAGAUGUUAGAAUUAUGAAAUGUUUUUAUUUUCUAGCAUUCCAACGACGAUGAUGAAUGUUGCUCGGACGAGGAUGAAGAAGACUCUACGUCGGUAAAAGAACGUCCAAAAGAAGUUCCAGCUACGACUGCACCGUUAGAUCAGAAUGCCAUCGCUAUGUUGAAGGCCUCUGUUUCGGCCCUGAAUAUAAAUGAGGAAGAGCUCCAGGUUGCCAAGGUCAAGAAGAGCCCGUCUCUUCCGAAUAUUGCUGUUAGCAAUGCGGUGGGUUUUGAUUUUGUGUUUGGGAUUACAAAUAUACAUUUUGUAAUAUAAUUUUGUUAGACUUCGUCCAAUGACUGACUGUUUUGCAGAAGAACCAAAGUGAGACCAGAAUAAAGCCUUUGGAGCCCCAUGUAGCUCUUCCCACUCAAUCCCCAGCUCCAUCGGCCAUUCCCGCGCAAACUCAGGCCAAGCCCAGGGUAGAUGCAGCCAAACCGCAGGUGCAUCCGGCACUUUUGCCACCGAAGAAACGAAGAGAAACUCUGCCACAUGAUCAGAUCUAUGGAGAUAGUAUUCCCAUGAUGGCAAUUUUGAAGCGAAGUCUUCCGAUUCACGCUUACGAACCGUUGGGUAUCUUACAGGUGAGAUAAGAUUUUUUGGGGUUUGCAUUCGAAAAUAUAGAAUUUUUGCGUCAUUAAAGAGUUGCUCAACGGGUUCUUAUGUAAUAAUCUUGCCUUUAGAGUGCCUGCGAAGAAUUGCGAUUUGCCGCGACUUUCUUGGAUCGCCUCCAGAAGAUUGAUAAUCCAGGAGAUCGGAUGUCUCUGAUUGCUGGAUUCAUUAUCAGCGGGUAUUCUGGAAUGAGUAUUCGUAACCGAAAACCAUUCAAUCCGCUGCUCGGAGAGACUUUUGAUUACAUUUCGGAUGAUGGUUGGAAAUACCAUGCGGAACAGGUCUCUCACCAUCCCCCGGUAUCUGCAUGCAACGCUGAAGGGAAUGGCUGGGAAUGGCAGCAGACUCUGCAGGGCACAAUCACUCCUAGUUUGGAUGGAUCGACCAGUUUGAAUUGCCUUUUGCCCAUUAGGUUGACCCUGGCGAACGGAGAAGAGUAUGUGUGGAAUAAAGUAAGGUUAUUUUGUUUUAUUAUUGUUUCUGGGUUUAGGUCACAACCAUCAUCCAGAAUGCGAGAGCUGAAGCGAUUAAACGAAAGGUGAAGAAUGAAGGAGAGAUGAGCAUCAGAUGCAGUAAUGGAUAUGAAUGUAAAAUGUUGUUCACAUCGGAGAAGAAUGGGAUCCGCGGGGAGAUCAGGAACAAUCAGCAAGCUAUAGUCUUUAGACUAGUUGGAUGCUGGGAUAAGGGAUUGAAUAGGUCAGUUUUGAACCUGUUUUUGUGUGUAUAGAACCGAUAGGAUAAAUUUUCAGUGGUUUAUGGAGUUGAUUUUAGAAUUUUGCCCUCAAAUGAACAGGAACGCUUGUUUGAAGCCCCUCCGCAUUAUGAAUUGUCGAGUAGGUACUAUGGAUUCAACAAAUUCACCUUGGGUUUGAAUGAGAUCACAUCCGAAUUGAGACCGUUCCUCCCAAUGACGGAUAGUCGACUCCGCCCGGACCAGAGAUUUUUGGAAUUCGGAGACAGCAAAAGAGCCAAUGAUGCAAAGAAUUCGUUGGAGCAGGUAAGUUUUGAAUUAAAUUUGAGCGAAUUUUUGGUUCAUACGUUCGUUUUGUUUUGUUUCAGGCUCAACGUCAGCGCUCCCACCUUCAACAUCGCCAAAUGUGGUUCACCGAGAGACAUGACCCAUUCAGCCAGAAGAAUCUCUGGAUGUCCAACAAGAAGUAUUGGACGUCGAAACAAAAUUGCUUCAAGGAUCCAUACUCUGCGAAAAUUUUACCUCUGUUUUCGGGAGAAUAA